AUGUCUCUCAAUUUAAGUGCAGCAUAUGAUUCUUUGUGUGAUAUGGUGAUACGUCCUCCAAGAUGUAAUCACUAUCAACCACAUGAUAUGGGUCCUACCUCAUUCUCUAUUGCAGGACAAUCAUUCAUUAGAGAGGAUUUUGUCUGCAGUCAUUUUACACCAUCUGAUUAUCAUAAAUCUGAAAAACAAAUACCAUGUGUCAUUUAUUGUCAUGGAAAUAGUGGAUGUAGAUUAGAUUCUAUUGAAUGUUUAAAAGCAUUGUUGCCUCAUCGUAUAUCAGUGGUAGCAUUUGAUUUCUCUGGAUCUGGAUUGAGUGAAGGCGAGUAUGUCUCGCUUGGACAUUUUGAAAAGAUGGAUGUCAAGACAGUUGUCGAACAUUUGCGAAAAUCUGGAAAGAUCUCGACCAUUGGUUUAUGGGGACGAUCAAUGGGUGCCGUCACAUCGAUUCUCUAUGCAAAGGAGGAUCCGAGUAUAGCGGCAAUGGUGCUCGACUCUCCAUUUUCAUGUUUGUACAAGGUUGCAGAGGAAUUGGUAUUGUCGACAGUCCAAAAAAUGCCAAAGUUUAUGAUCUCUGUUGGUUUGAAAAUGGUUAGAUCAUCAAUUAAAAAGAGAGCUCAUUUUGAUAUAAAGGAAUUAGAUAUAGUACCAGUUGCAGAAAAAGUAUUUAUACCAUCACUGUUUGCACAUGGAAAAGAUGAUACAUUUGUACGACCUCAUCAUUCAGAAAAAAUCUUUGAAAAAUACCAAGGAGACAAAAAUCGUUUGUUGUUGGAUGGCGAUCAUAAUAGUGAUCGACCUGAAUUCUUUUUCCAAUCAGUUUGCAUAUUUUUUACCAAUCAUUUAAAACCAGAUCCAUUACCCGAACCCAAAAAUAACAAUUUUCUUUUUCAUGGUGAAUUUUAUGAUGACACUUCAAUAGAGGAACAACAAUUAGGACAGGCUAUUCUCUUGUCACUUAAAGAAGCACAACAAAAUGGUAAUGGUAAUCAUCCAACUACAACAACAACCACCUCUACAACAACCACUACAACUACACCACCCAGAACAACUCCUACUACAAGUCCAACCACUACAAGUCCUCGCACUACUACAACUAGUCCUCGUAGACGCAGUCCUCCUCCAAAAAGAGAGGCUCCUUAUAGAUUUCGAAAAUCAGAUUUUGUAGGCGACCCCUAUGAUAAUAGUAAUUCCUAUGAUAAUGAUGACAACGAUUGUAAUAAUAAUGACAACGAUUGUAAUAAUGAUGAUUAA